AUGGCUUACUUUCUUCUUUCCAGGCAAAGAAUCAUCCUGGUCCUGCUAACUGUCUGUUUCUUCUUCCUGUGGAAAAGCCAGGUAGCCCUACAGUACUCGAGCUUUCCAUCGCGCACAAAAGGGCCGCUCGACUCUCAGCAAAUUCUAAACCCCCAUUCCCCCUCGAAGAGCGAUGGUCAGUCUCCUUGGGCCCGGAUACCGCAGCGUUAUCCCGUCAGAUCCAUGAUCCCCAUGCCUUCGCCCGUGCCUAACGCCAUUCCGACGAUACAACACCGAUUUGAGCGCGAAAGCAGCGAAGCUCGGGCAGUCAGGAUCGCACGGCUUAACGCUGUCAAGGGGAACUUUACGCAUGCUUGGAGCGGGUAUAAAGCACACGCAUGGCUGAGGGACGAGGUCAAGCCGCUGUCUGGUCAAGCCCAUGACCCGUUUGGAGGAUGGGCAGCGACCCUGGUUGAUGCGCUUGAUACGCUGUGGAUCAUGGGCCUAAAGGAUGAGUUCGAACGGGCUGUUGAAGCUGUUGCGAAGCUUGACUUUGGUAGCUGUACGAUGGACGAAGUCAGCGUUUUCGAAACGAAUAUCAGGUAUCUCGGGGGUUUGCUCUCCGCAUAUGAUUUGACCGGAGGCAAAUAUGCACCCUUGCUACAAAAAGCCGUUGAGCUCGGUCAAAUGCUUUAUGUAGCUUUUGAUACCCCAAACCGAAUGCCCAUUACCCGCUGGAAUUUUGCUGCAGCUCUAAAUGGCGGCCAGCAAAAGACUCAAGAGACUGUCUUAGUUGCAGAUCUUGGCUCGCUUACCUUGGAAUUCACUCGCCUUAGCCAGAUAACUAAAGACCCACGUUACUUUGAUGCGGUUCAGCGCAUCAUGGAUGUGUUUGGGGAGCAGCAGCCCCGGACCAAAAUUCCCGGUUUAUGGCCAGUUGUUGUUAAUGUAAAGAAAUUGGAUUUUACAAGCUAUGCUGGCUUUACGCUUGGUGGCAUGGCCGAUUCCCUGUAUGAAUAUCUUCUAAAAGAACAUAUUUUACUUGGAGGAGGCACCCAACGAUAUCAGGAGCUAUAUCAACACGCCAUGGAAGCAAUUAAGCGCCACAUGUUGUACCGCCCCAUGACCGAUGGUGGAGAAGAUAUUCUGUUCUCUGGUAGCAUUUGGGCCGAUAGCAAGACUCCUUUAUCCCAGCUCGAUAUCGACGCAGAGGCGCAACAUCUAGCAUGCUUCCUCGGCGGAAUGGUUGCGAUCGGCGCAAAGAUUUUCAACAAGGAUGAAGAGCUAGAGAUUGCUCGGAAACUGGUUCAUGGCUGUAUUUGGGCUUACGAGACGAAUAGACAGGGGAUUAUGCCAGAGGUGAUGCACACGGUGCCAUGCGACGAUCAAACCAAUUGCCCGUGGAAUAGCACCAAGUGGUUUGAAGCCGUUGAUCGAGCGUCCCCGCAGGAUUCAAGGGCUGCGGUACUUAAGAUCAAGGAGAAAAAUCUUCCUCCUGGGAUAUCGGGCAUCGACGACACUCGGUAUAUCCUUAGACCCGAAGCCAUUGAAUCCAUCUUCAUACUCUACCGCAUCACGGGCAACCCAUCCCUCCCAGACAAGGCGUGGAGAAUGUUCAACGCCAUUAUUAAAAGUACGAUUACGGACAUUGGCCAUGCCGCAUUGGAAGAUUGUACGAUACCGAAUCCUCCCAAAGCCGAUCGUAUGGAGUCUUUCUGGCUCGCGGAGACUUUGAAAUAUUUCUACUUGAUGUUUUCCGAGCCGGAUGUAAUCAGCUUAGACGAGUAUGUUCUAAACACAGAAGGACACCCGUUGAAAAGAAGUGUAUAA